AAGUGGUUGAAAACAUUGGUAAUAGAACAAUGUCCCUAAAAGUUUUAAAGUGGAGUGAAAAUCUGAAAAUAUAAGCUUUAAAUUGUAGUAGAAAAAACAGUUCAACACACCCUGCUUUUUCUCCACUCCGUGGUUCGCCUCGGACGGAUAGUCAAGCCGCAGUACGGGGGUGCCGUUGUGUUUCAGUUUCUUCACACUUGCGCAGUGGUCAACAACACUACCAGCAGAAGCAGCAGCAGCAGUCAGUCGUAGGCAGCAAGAAAAAAAAGCGUUCGGUUUGAAAAUUAAAUAUAUUACUCCUCCGCAAGUGACGAUUCAUUGAAUUGAGUGGGAUAAAUUGACUACAUCCGGUCUGGCAAUCUAGUGCACACCGUGAAAAAUAUAGUAUAAGUUCGUCCGACGCAGAUCUGCCUGCCUGCCUGCCUUCGGCAGGCUUUAAUCUAUGCAACUGGAACUGGGUUAAGAGUACCGUCGGACCGUGCGAAGAAAGAGUGCUCUAAGAAAAGAAAAAUCGGGAAGAAAAAAAGAAGCUGCCAAGUGAAUUAUGGCCCCAAAAUAUCGGUGCUAGUGAUUGGUAGUGAGUACGAAAAUGACCUCGACCCCAUCACCGGAGAGUGAAGAUUUCCCCGGCAGGUUGCUGCACCAGGCCGCCCUGUGGGACAAUGCCGAACUGCUGGAGGACCUGCUGCAGGAGGAAGCCCACCUCAUCGACUGUCUGGACUCGUGGGGUCGUGCUCCGGUGCAUGCGGCGGCCAUCACGGCCGACUCACGGUGCUUGCCGAUGCUGAUCAAUGCCGGGGCCAGCAUCGAUGCCACCUGCGGACCACGUGGCGAUAAUAAGACUGCCCUGCAUCUGAGUGCUGAACACGGACACGUAACGAAUGUCCAGGUGCUGCUGGACGCUGGUGCGUCCUUUACUGCCAAAGAUCGAAACGGGCUAACGGCGCUGGAUUUGGCGGAACGGAGCGGACACGAGGACUGCGUUUGCCUGCUAAAGCAGGCUGCGGACACCCGUGAGCAGAUUCGUGCCCAGAAGCACAAGAACCUGCGUGAAGCGGUCACCUCAUCGGAUGAGACCCUUGUUCAGCUACUUCUGGACAGCAUUGGUCCCGAGCGGGAGAUUAUCGUCAACAUGGCACCGGGCGGCGCAAACACGCUUCUCUUUAUUGCUUCUCAAAACGGAUCCGAGCGAACCGUACAACUGCUGCUGGAAGCCGGAGCCGACGGACGGGCCCAUGCCGUCACAAAAUACUCACCCCUCUACACGGCGGUACACAACGGGCACACGAACGUUGCCGCCCUGUUGCUGCACCGCUUCCCGGAACUGGUGCAACAGCUAACCGUGGAACGGUGGCUGCCGUUCCAUGCCGCCUGCAUCAACGGCCACUGUUCGGUCGUGGAGCUACUCAUCAAACAUUCCUAUCCGGAGGAGCUUAUCAGCUCCUUUAGAAAUGAAAAUCCUCCUUACAGAGACCCAAGUGGAGAGUUGGAAUGGCGUCUUGCCUUUGAUCCGAACACCCAGGAUGUUACCGGACAAACGGCACUUUACGUCAGCUGUCUACUGGGUAACCGUCAGUUGGUGGAAAUGCUUCUGAACUGGAAGGUUCGCUGUGUCCGGCAUAGUCUGCCGGAUGAUGGUGUUUCACAGGCUACCGACGCUCUAAGUCCGUCGGCAAAUCCGAUGAGUCCCUCGAACCGUCGAAUUUCGUUCGGCAUCCAAUCGAUUAUGUCCCGGUUGAGUUUGGGACGUGAUAGUGCAUGCGAUGAUCGUGGUGAGAAUACGGAGUCGAGAUGUCCGCUGGAUUUGAACAUCCUGUGCGGAGCCGCACGGGAGACGGCACUGCUCGCAGCCGUUCGAGGAAGCUUUCUCGAUGUGGUAGCGUUGCUGCUGCAGAAUGGAGCCGAUCCGAAUGUCGUAGCUAGGGCUGUGGAGGAUCAGAAUGAUCCCAAAGCAUCGGAUGAAAUUUACGGCUUCUCCAACGUUCCUCUGGCGGAGGCUACCCGACAGAAAUCACUCGCAAUGGUAGAUCUACUCCUCAAGUAUGGCGCCAAAGACGAUCAGUCCAUUGCGCUGGGAAUUGCUGUUCAAAAUACCGACGAACAAAUCGUCUGCCGGUUGCUUUCCAUAAAAGCGCACGCCGAUCCGGACUAUAAAAUCAACAAAAAAGCACUUUCCCAGGACGCGGAAUACAGCUCUUCUUUACCGAUUGUGGGGAAUUUCACGUACAGCUCGCUGUUCCCAAGCACCGCCACAAUGAUCAACUGGCACAGUAGCAAUUGCCGACUGUCGGAAAUUAAAAUGUCCUGGCUUAGCGAAGCCGUCCUCCAGUGUAAUCCUAAGUUGAAAGGUCACCCUCGCUGUAAUCAGCUGGCGCUUGCCGCUCUAACCCGUAUUGACAUCUCGCACAACUGUUUGUCCCAUCUUCCGGCGGAAAUUUUCAGCUUGGGAAGUUUACGCUAUCUAAAUGCCGCCCAAAAUCUGCUUGAGCAUCUUCCUAAUCCGGAAGACAUCGAUCCGUCUUUCCACCCUCAAAAACGUCGCCAUUCGAAGGUCCCCCAUCAAGAGUACAACUGUCCCGUGUUGGAAGAACUCUAUCUGCAAGAUAACCGCCUUGAAACAGUUCCGCCUCGCAUAUUUCUGCUUCCAAGUCUGACCAUCCUCGACGUCUCGAACAACAAGCUCCAGCAGCUGCCAUUCGAGCUCUGGAAAUCCCCUAAACUGAAAGAACUGAACGUUGCCUUCAACUUCCUCAAAGACCUUCCUUCCCUACCCAUUAUCACCGAACUAGCGGGUGACGCAACCGAACCUCCAUCCCCCGUCACCGAAGCCUGUCUCUUCCACGCCUAUUCCUACGAGGAAAACAUCGACUCCCUCAGCCGAAACCGCAACGUCGCCAGUUUGGAAAUCGUCAAACACCACAUCUGGUCCAAGUCGCUGGAAGUGACCGACCAGGAACUGCGCCUUCCCGACUCGAAGAACGAUCACACCGUCUCGCAGCUCAGUGCUCUAAACCUCGCAAACAAUCUCUUCACCAGCAUUCCGCUGGCCCUACCCUGCCUGGCCGUUAACCUCACCCGCUUGAACAUGUCCUACAACAGUCUCCGCUCGAUGGGUCACGUCACCAGCUAUCCGGCUUCGUUGAAGCAGCUCGAUCUCGGCCACAACGAAAUCAGCUGCUGGCCCAGUUUGCCACGGAUCGCCGCCUCCGAUCCGCACCUGAUGUGCUACAACCCGCAGGAACCGAAGAAAAACUCCAGCAAAAGUUCGCUGGUCAGCAGCGGAAGCAGCGCUUCCGGCAGCACCGGGACGCCGUACGCCAACGAGGUGACCGUCGUGAAGUCUUCAACCAGCUCGAACAACAUAACCUCCCUCCGGACGGCCGUCCUAAAGAGCGUUUGCGUUCACCGACGCCACCUGCGGUUGGAAUCCUUAAGAACAUUAGUCCUAGCGGACAAUUCGCUCACGCGAAUUCAACUUUCGACGGACGACGUAACCACCCUAGGGGAGUCGGAGGAUGCCGAGUGGAGUUUGAUUGGGGUCGCCAAAUCCAGGCUGAUUUUCCCGAACCUUUCGAUGUUGGAUAUUAGUAACAACUCGCUGAAGGAGAUUCCUCCGUCGAUUCACGAACUGACCAACCUGAGCGUGUUGAACAUCAGCGGAAACAUGGACGUAACGGAGCUACCGCCCCAUAUGGGUCUGCUUUCGCGGCUGUGGAACUUGAAUACCCGCGGGUGUUCGCUGCAGGAUCCACUGCGGUCGAUGAUCGACAGUAAGAAGUACAAAACCAUGGAUAUUAUCGGGUAUUUGAAGUCGGUGUACGAGGAUGCGCGGCCGUAUGCGAGGAUGAAACUGAUGGUGGUGGGCGUGCAGGGUAUCGGGAAGACCAGUUUGCUGGACCAGCUGCGGAGUGAGGGUCCAUCGCGGAACAAGAAGCAGGUUGAUCAUUGGGCUAAGCGGAUGGGACAUAAAAAUAUUAAUACCAAGACGAGUCGGGGGAUUAAUAUGUCGACGGUUGGGGUUGAUAUUGGGGAUUGGAUUUGCGAGAAGAAGCUGCGGGGGCAUUCGACGCAUGGGCCGGUGGUUUUCCGGACGUGGGAUUUCGGUGGACAGAAGGAGUACUACGCGACGCAUCAGUAUUUUCUGUCCAAGCGCAGCUUGUAUCUGGUGCUGUGGAGGAUUAUUGAUGGGAGGAAAGGGUUAGCAGAGGUGCUGCAAUGGUUGGGAAAUAUACAGGCGCGUGCUCCAAACUCUCCGGUAAUUAUUGUCGGCACUCAUUACGAUGCGGUGGGUGAGACGUUGCCGGCGAAGAAGGCUGAAGAACUGCAGCAGGUUAUUCGCGAUCGAUUCAUCGCUGUCUCGGAUGCGGAGAAAAUUGGAUUACCGAGGGUUUUGGACUCCAUUGAGGUCAGCUGCAAGACGGGACAUAACAUAAAGCUAUUAGCAAAUUUGAUCUACGAUACGGCGUUUUCGCUGAGACCUCCCGGCUGUAAGGAACCACUGCUUUACCAGCGAGUUCCUGCUAGUUAUUUGGCGCUGGAGGAUGUGGUUGGGACGAUUUCCGGGUCGUUGAGGCAGUUUGGUGCAGAUCCGGUGCUGGAUGCCGAACGCUAUCGGCAGAUGGUGACGCAGGAGAUGCAACUGCGAGGGUUCAAGGGAUUUCGGGAUUGGUCCGAACUGAAUCAGGCUACAAUGUUUCUGCACGAUAACGGGGUUCUGCUGCACUACGACGAUGCAACGUUGAGAGAUUUGUACUUCCUGGAUCCGCAGUGGUUGUGCGACAUGUUGGCACAUGUCGUAACCGUUAGGGAGAUCAAUCCGUUCGCUAGGACCGGAGUGAUGAAGAUGGACGAUUUACAGCAUGUUUUUAAAAGUUCCUGCCUGGGAACGAGUGAUAAUCGAGGCUAUAUUGUAAGUUUGCUUAACAAAUUCGAGGUGGCUCUUUCGUGGGAUGCCAGAACGCUGCUAAUUCCUUCGCUGCUGCCUAUCGAAGAGGACAGCACUGCCGAACGAGUCGUAACUGUUAAGAUCGCCACCCGCUCGAAGGGUUGGGUGAUGCGCACCCGACGUAACCCGAUGAACACCGCAUUUCCGUCGUACGAACCGGUUCCGUCGGAACCGGCAACUCCGGUCCUGAGCACGGCAUGCGACAUUCAAACCCUCCACCGGCCGGAACGUUCGAUUUCCCGCCUGCUGCUGAUGUCCUAUUUUCCGUCCGGUUUCUGGUCGCGGUUGAUCACCCGCGUUUUGGCUGACGAUCAAGUGGUGGAAGCUAUUCGCUGUUUGUAUCCGCUUCCGAAGGAAGCAGCCGCCGAUCCGGAUAUUAAUCAGAUGAUGAACCAUUCGGCCCAUUGGGCCGUCUGGCAGACGGGGCUGGCGCUGUACUGCGGGUCGACGUUGGUUUUUAAGAUGAGGGAAAUUUCCGUGACUUGCCCGAACUCGCCGUACCGUAAUCCGAUGAAUCGGUUUAAGCUCAAACAGGAUGGGAUUUGGUGUGAUAUUGAUCUAACGUCGACUUCGAUUUUGGAGAUUUUCUUUCCCUGUAGUGCCCAAAAAAUAAGGAAGUUGAAUGAGGUGGGAGUUGAGAUGAGUGCCGUGGAGGUUGAGGCUAACAUUCAGUGUGUGACGCAGUUGCUGGCGUUGAGUGUGGAUCAUAUCGAUUUGCUGUUGGAGGAUUGGUACCCAACGUUGGGUACGCGCUUCGUACAUACUUCGGAAGGUCGCUUCCUGGUGACGCGGUUGGUUCCGUGUCCGCGUUGUUUGCGGGAUUGUGAGGAUCGACACGUUCCAAACUUCCCCUCGCAGGUUAAGCCCAGUUCGGCAGCCGCCGCAGGCGGCAAUGGUAGCCAGCGGCCGGCUCUUCAUAAGCGGUUGAGUGUUGAUAGGAGAAGCGAAUUCGGUGAACCGAGUGGGUUGAACGAACUGCCGGGGAUUUUGAACGAUUUGGUGGGUGCUAGGAAAUCGCAGGAUUCGGUUGGGUGGUCCGACUGUGAUUCCGGUGUCGGUCAGGAGUCGGCCGAUAGUUCGCGGGCAACUUCGAUCGAAGGACACCCGCUGGUGGCGGCAGGGGACCUGCCGGGACCACCGAGCUACUCGUGGAUGGUGGAGGAAUGCAUUCUGGCGGCGUACGAUAAGCGCUCCGUUGGGUGUCCGAUUCACGGGGAGAUCGAGCUCGGUCGAAUUACUCCCGAUGUGAACUUCAUGGAUUUGUCGGAGUACUACCUGAUCCGUUCGGAGGACGUCCAUCGGGGACCGCUGCUGGGGCGAGGUGCGUUCGGCUUUGUGUUCAAAGCGACCUGCAAAACUCGUGGCUCCAAAACGGUCAUUCCGGUGGCGAUGAAGAUGCUUCAACCGGUAGCGCCCGGGCCACGGGCCCGUCAAAGUGCCAUCAUAGCGUACAAAGCUGCCCUCGGCAAGUGGGAACGCGAUCCACUGCAGCACUCGUGCAAGGCGUACUGCACGGCACGGCAGGAACUGGCCGUACUGCUAACGUUGCGUCACUCGAACAUUGUUCCACUGAUCGGGGUUUGUACGCAACCGCUGGCGUUGGUGCUGGAUUUGGCUCCCAAGGGAGCGCUGGAUGCCGUGCUGCGGCACUUCCGUCGCAGCGGCGCCCGCAUCGGACCGUACUGCUUCCAGUCGCUGGUACUGCAAGCAGCCAAAGCGAUGGAGUAUCUUCACCGGCGAAGAGUCAUCUAUCGCGAUCUGAAAGCGGAGAACAUUCUAGUCUGGGAGUUUCCGGAACCGCAUGCAGACGACCACCCAUCGAAUGCGGUUCACAUUAAGGUGGCCGACUACGGCAUCAGCCGUAUAACGCUGCCGUCCGGUUCCAAGGGCUUCGGGGGUACCGAAGGCUUUAUGGCGCCGGAAAUUAUGCGUCACAACGGCGAAGAGGAGUACACCGAGAAGGUGGAUUGCUUCUCGUUCGGGAUGUUCCUGUACGAGCUGAUUGCCCUGCGGCAACCGUUCGAGGGUCAUGAAGCCGUCAAGGAGUGCAUCCUGGAGGGAGGCCGUCCCGUGUUGACGCAACGGGAAACGCAGUUUCCCUCGUACUGUUUGGAUCUGAUGGUGCUGUGCUGGGAUCAGCAGCCGAAGGUUCGUCCUUCCGCUAGUCAGAUCGUGUCGAUAGCCAGCGCUCCGGAGUUCACCCAUCUGAUCGAUGUUAUUUCCCUCAAUCACCCCGGGAAUACGAUGGACGGAAUUGCCUGUCUAAUCGCGAAUGUUGACGAUGAAGCGGUCGUGUCUGCUUAUGAGUUGUGGUUGCCGUGCUCGAAUUCCCGCAUUGAUAUCCUGUUGGGUUCGUGUAAAGGAUGGCAACAGUAUCAUAGGAUACUGUGUCCUCAGAUUUCGACACCGGUAAAGACGCCCGGAACGUCGAGCGGUUAUCACUCCCAACCGACUACUCCCCAUCAGGUUAAGCACACUAAACUUAUGACCGCCUGUAUCGUGGAAAAGGCCGUCUGGGUCGGGGAUGCGGAAGGAAAUAUCUACGCUUUCAACGCCUCGGAUUGUGCACACCUCUUUUCCUAUGCGCUGGAGCCGGCUCAACCCUGUCCCGUGGUUGCUCUGGUCUACCUAAAGCGAUUCAACCGCGUGGCUGCCGGUUUGGAGAAUGGGCGGCUUUUCCUGCUGGACUCUACGCUUGUGCCCAGCACUUGCGUGCUGGCCGAAGGCAGCUUCGUCCUGUCCGAGUUGGGUUCCGGCGAACGGCUGUACAGCGUCUGUCCACUGUGGACGAACGAAACCGAUUGCGAGUUGUGGUGCGGCGAUGCCGAAGGAGCGCUGAAUGUGUUCUCGCUGAAAAACUCUCACGUUUCCGGCCAGCAUCGGUUGAUGCACUUUCCGGCACCGAUUCCAUCGCGUGGUCUGACGGUUGGUUUGCUGUGCGCUUCGGAUGAGUUCGUCUAUUCGUACGUCGCUCCCGGUUGCAUCCUUUACCAGUGGAGUGCCGCCGGAAAGCAGAUCGAAAAUCGGCUGGACUGCUCCAAGCUGGUGCCCUGCUCGGAGAGCCUGAAGAGCAUUGCCAUCGAUGAGCAUCUCAGCCCUGGAAAGUGUCAGGUCAGCGCACUGGCCGCCCUGGGCGGCGAGCUGUACGUCGGUACGACCUGGGGUUGCAUCAUCAUCGUCGAGAAGCAAUCGCUUCGGCCGGUUACGAUUUUCCGUCCCUUCGAGGAGGACGUUCGCUGUAUCAUUCCGCUGAACGGCGGUCCCGGUCCGAUGCUGGUCACGGUCGGCCGCGGCUAUCGGUCGCUGAUCGAUCGCUAUACGGACGUCACCACCGGGCAGGUUACGACGCCGUCCAGUGCGGCCGCGCAAGACAGCAAGCGCUUCAAGGAGUCGCUGCUGAAGGAUCGCUCGAACAACAUGCACGCACUGAUCUGGACCGCCGAGCACUGGACGCCCAUCUAGAGAGCCGGGCCGGUGGGAUGGGACAACUUUUAAUCCUUAGAAUAUAGGUGUUUCAACUUUUUCUGUGAUUUUACGAAUAGCGUUCACAAGCAAGCAGAGCAUGUUCCAGAGAUUAUCCAGAUUAUCCGAAAUGACAGUUUUUUCUCCCGUUAGUAAAUAAGUUAAUUCAAAAAGACCGUGUUUUCGAAAGCGUAACUAACUUGUUGUGAGUCAGA